AUGUCAUUCUACGAUAACGACGGUGGGGCUUUUGGUCGUCAGUCUUCAUGGGAGCAGCCACCGCCGCCGUCCCGAUCUGGCACCGGAUCGUCAAUGUCUCAGCCCCAGCAAUCCGAAGCGAACGCCUUCGCAUCGCAGUUCGAAGAGAUCGACAGAGCGACCGAUAACCUCGUGCGCAGCGGCAAGAUGUUCCCAGGUCAGACGCCGGGUGGUGUGCCCGGUACACCUGGUGGAGGUCGCAGAGAUAGCGUGCCUGGUGGAGGUAGGGGGUAUGAGAACUUUGGUAGUGGAGAUGCGAGGAUGUCGGGACCUUCGAGGCAUCAAAGCAUGAGCGAGUACGAGGGCGGAAGGCCGGGGUCGGCGGGUCUACAGGGCUACUAUGCAGGACAACGGUAUCCGGGUGGGAGGCAGAGUGAAGCGGAGCAGAUGUUGCAGGCGAAGCGGAGGAUGGCUGCUGCGAGGGAGAGGGAGUUGAGGAAUUACCAUCAGGAGCAGCAGUACAACCGAACAUCCGCACCGGGCGUAAAGACUGAUCGCGCGAUGAGCCCAACCGCUAUGUCCGAGGAAGACCGCCGCGAUCUCAUAGCCCGCCAACACCGUGCUCUGUACGGCGACAACGCCAGCCUCUACACCGCUGAGAGCGCACCACGCCCACAAAGCCAAGAUGCACGAUCCGCCGCAUCCGCUGGACGUGGCCCUUCACCACUAGCGUUCGAUCCCUACGGCGUUCAGGCACAAGGUGGUGCCGAGAACGCGGUCCAGAUGCCGCCGCGCGACCGCGCCGAAAGUACUGCAAGCCCGGCCUCGAAUACGCUAGCACCACAGCAGCAGAGUUUUGGCUUGUUGGGUGAAGCGCAGUCGGCAGGCCGCACCUCCAAUUCUUCACCAGGCGAAUCACCGCCCUUGACUCAGAACCAAAAGAGCGCAGGCUCCGGCGUGGCACCAAUCGGCACGCGACCGCUUCAGCAGCAACAACAGGGCGUGAACAAGCCUCGUUCAACAACACCUCUUACCCCUUCAUCACUCAGCUAUGGCUACACGAGCGAUAACCAGCAGACGUCGAAAGACGACCCGCGCUCGACUUCCGCUGCUUCUAACCCGGGACUUGCUGCUGAAAAGGGUGUCAGCGGGUUAGGAAGUUGGGGCGGUAAUAGUGCUAUGUGGGGUUCUGGGAAGAACACUUUGGCUGUGCAGCCGUCGGUCUGGGGUUAG